UAUGAGCCCUCGGAAAACCCAAAAUGAUCGCAAACGACUGUGACGCGUCGGGAUGUUGCUAUGAAAGCUGGCAGUGGAAUGAGGAGGCUCCACCCAUCGCUCCAGACCAUGUGGUUCCCAUCGCUCCUGUUGCUGUGUGAGAGGGGAGGAGAGCUCACAUGAAUCGGAUGGAUCGUCUGAAUGUGCUCAUUUUAAAACCAGUAGUCUAGUUUGCGGUAUUGAUAACGCUCUAUAUGGGCGACCUCUUCGGCUUUAGCAGCUUUUGCUCAGAACUUAAAGUCAUUUUGGGGUCCAGUCCCAGUGAAGACCGCUCCUGACAGGUGCGCAAAGUGCGCAGAGAGAAUGGGCAGACGGGAGGGAGACAGCAGAGGCGCAAUGAACACCAGGCAUCACUCCGAGCUCGGUUGUCUGCAGGACGCGGCAUCCAGCGGUCACCAUGCCGGUGAGGAGUCCCCGAGGCUGCACAGUCGUCGUCUCUACAACCCAGAGAGAAAUCCAGACUUGGAGCCGGUGGGCCGGGCACAGGACGCCACAGCGCCGAUGGAAGUGAAGAAGCACCAGCACAAACACAACUUGAAACACCGCUAUGAGGUGAUGGAGACUCUGGGGAAAGGCACCUAUGGCAAAGUGAAGAAGGCGGUGGAGAGAGCAAGCCGGAGGACGGUGGCGAUCAAGUCGAUCCGCAAGGAGCACAUCACUGACGACCUGGACAGAAUUCACAUCCAGAGAGAGAUCGAGAUCACCGCCUCGCUCAGGCACCCAAACAUCAUUCGCUUCCAUGAGGUGUUCGAGAGCCGGGAUAAGAUUGUGAUAGUGAUGGAGUACGCCAGCAGAGGAGAGCUGUACGAUUACAUCCAGGAGAGGAGAAGACUGCCAGAAACAGAAGCCAGAGGCAUCUUCAGACAAAUCACAUCUGCUGUCCACUACUGCCACAAGAAUGGCGUUGUGCAUCGAGACCUCAAGCUGGAGAACAUCCUAUUGGAUCAAGAUUUGAACGUAAAGCUGGCUGACUUCGGCCUUUCCAAUCAUUUCCAGAAGGGCACUCUGCUGCAGACCUACUGUGGAAGUCCGCUGUAUGCUGCCCCAGAGAUAGUGAAAGGACUGCCCUACCAGGGGCCAGAGGUGGACUGCUGGGCAUUGGGGGUGUUGCUGUAUGCCCUGGUUUACAGCAGUAUGCCAUUUGAUGGGGCCAGCCACACUACUCUCACAGAGCAGAUCAGCCAAGGACGCUACCGUAGACCCAACCCUCCCUCAGAUGCCUGCGCUCUUAUCGACUGGUUGUUGACAGUGCAUGUGGACGAGAGGGCUACGAUAGAGGACGUGGCCAACCACUGGUGGGUGAACUGGGGUUUUGAAGAGGGUGUGUGUGACUGCCCUUCAUCGCCACACCAAGAAUGCCCCUCCCCGCUGCUGGCUCGCUACAUCGACUGGCAAAAUCGGGUCGCGGCUACCAGCAACAUGACUGUUGACCCAGGAUGCCUAUCGUCAGACACUUCCUGUCCACCUACGCUAUCUCCCCACCCCUUUUACUUCAGCUUACCUCUGAAGAGUGACCGUGGAAGGGUACGCGGAGGAAUGUCAAGCCUCAGGAAGUCACGCAAAGAGAAUGCAAUUCCCCAGACUGCACUGGGAGCUUGUGGUGGUGUUUGUCCAACAGCUUCCUCCUCUGGCGUGAUUUCCGCCACUUCCACCACUGAAAGAAAGAAACCCAAAGGUAUUCUGAAACCCCAGAGGAGUUUUGACUCAGUCUUUCACAGCCCUCCUAAAGAAAACUCUCCUUCCCAACCAUGUAAUGCUGCUGUAAUGUAUGCUCGAUCACAUACACUCACCCAAGCGCAUGCUGAUGUCCUGUCCACCAGUCUGCCACCACCCUCUACGUUCAGUCAGCCCUCAUCCAAAAUGCCAAAGAAAGGGAUACUAAAGAACUUUUAUGUUGGGGAGUCGGGUUAUGGUUCAUCCUCAGAAAAAAGGGUGUCUGGAGCAGGAGUUAAAGAGAGUGAUGCAGCUGAUUUGAGCUCCCACAAACAGAACACUUGUCUCCCGGUGGCAGAGGACAGCCCCACCAUGCGCACAGAGGCAGUAAGAAGAAGGAAGGGUAUCCUGAAACGUAACGGCAAGUUCUCUCGCAGUCUGGAUCUUCCAGACGAUCACCACUUGUCUUCCUCCCCAGCCCCCACAAUAUUCCCAGAGGCCCUGCAGCAUCUCCUCCAGUCCACAGGAGGCACUGAGGGGCGCCACAGCCGGCCCUCCAGUGUGGUGAGCGAGGAUAGCCUAUUCUCUUCAGAUUCCUUUGACCUAUUGGAUCUCAGUGCCCAUUCACGUCGCAGGAUUUUCUCCCAGGGGAUGCAGAACAGCGCCUGCAGCUCAGAGGAGGACUUGGAGCAGCUGAGAAAUGAGGCCGACAGAGUUGGUGGAGACAGAGGACAGAAGGAAAUGCUAACAUAGGCCUAAGGACACAUAAUAGUGUGCUAAACACCAGAUCUUUAGUUGUCUUGUCUGUGAUAAUCACUGCCUGCCAUCUUGAAAGUUACAAGACACUACAGUAAGUAGCACCUAAAGGGGAUCCAGUUUCUGCCAACUUGGAGAGAUGGUACCUGAAUGUGGCAGAAUGGACAGCCUGUUUAACGAACUCAAUCUGACCUCGUCUGCACAAUACAUCCUCUUUUUAGAUUUCACAGAAGAAGAAACGUUCUUUGAAAAUCCGAGCCAGGGUGCUGUUGGUGACGUUAGCACUGCAGGUUUUUGUAAACCAUCUUGUGCCAUCUUGGAUAUUUGAGUCCCCUUAACAGGAUGUCAACAGUCACAAUAAACAAGACUCCAUGCACCCAUUUUGCACAUAAAAACCUGGUGGAACCACCAAAAAUAUAUUUUUUUUUUUUUUUUUUUUUUUUUUUUUUACAUAUAGCUAAGGUGGAAAAGUUGGCGUAUCAAAGUGCAAUGGAAACAGACUUGAUGAAUGAAUGCAUUAAGCGUAUGAGACGAAAACCUCAGAUGUGUGUGGAGCAAUGAGGAAACUGCAACAUGAAACAAACAUAAAUGCCACAUUUUCAUCAUCAUUUUCCACGAUUUGAGGUUUGACUGGCACUUGACUGAAGAAUUAGCUUUACCUACUGUUUAUCUUGACUCACCUCCUGAUAGCUGCCCAGAAGACGGAAUUUUCUGGAAAUUCAGUGAAAGUUUGCGCUACAUUCGGAUGGGAACCUGACUAGAAACAGCUCUAUUGUGAGGAUAAAUUCUGUCAAACUGAACUGUUGUGAAACACAAGAAAUAAAGUAGUACAUAAUACAUAACACUUUAUUUUAUCCUAUUUUAUGAACGCUAAAUAAACAUUUAAUGAAUUGUUUGUAAAAUUUAGUCGUAAGCAGAUGUAGUUGUGUUUAUUAAUGUACAGUAUUUGCCAACAAUUAUAACUUCUUUAAAGCAUAUUAAGUAUUCAUAUUAUUACAGCUGUUUCACUACAUUGUCAUAUUGUCAGCAUCCACUUAUAGAUGUUGUUAUUAAUAAGUACUUAUGUCUGCUUACAACUACUGCACAGUAUUUUAUGAACCAUUCGUCAAGUGUUUAUCUUCUGCCUAUACAUGCUAAACAGGAGACAUUAAAGUAAAGUGUUACUGUAUUUCACCACAUGUUAUUGACUUUAUAUGUAUUACACAGUAAUGUACUGUGCACAAUUUGCUCCUUUGCACCAACAGAGACAGUGUAAAUAGCAGAUGGACCACAUUGCUUUUUAACGUGACACCAAUGCUGCUGUGGACAUUUUAAAAAAGUGAUGUAUGCAGUAGAUGUAAUUUUCAUUAAAAUUUUCAUACUGUGAGAAAAUAAUUGUUAACUUUGUUCAAACAUUUCAUUCUUUUUUUUGGGGG